AGCGACGUCUUGUCGGAGAGCCGUGAGCCAAUGGCUGCAGAGAGAAGUGAGCCUCAUGGUGCGCGUCUUUAAUUCCCUGCAGACAGAAUCCAGAAUUACCCGUCAAGAUGCGCUUCAUGCUGCUGUUCAGCCGCCAGGGGAAGCUGCGCCUGCAGAAGUGGUACGUCCCGCUGGGCGACCAGGAGAAGAGGAGGCUGGGCCGCGAGCUGGUGCAGACCAUCCUGGGACGCAAGGCCAAGAUGUGCAGCUUCCUGGAGUGGAGGGACCUGAAGGUGGUCUACAAGAGAUACGCCAGCCUGUACUUCUGCUGUGCCAUCGAGGAGCAGGACAACGAGCUGAUCACCCUGGAGGUCAUCCACCGCUACGUGGAGCUGCUCGACAAGUACUUCGGCAGCGUGUGUGAGCUGGACAUCAUCUUUAACUUUGAGAAGGCCUACUUCAUCCUGGACGAGUUCCUGCUGGGUGGAGAGGCCCAGGAGACGUCCAAGAAGAGCGUCCUGAAGGCCAUCGAGCAGGCCGACCAGCUGCAGGAGGUGUCCUGGUGCCAAAUAUGGCCUCAGAAUCCUCAGGUCUAUUCCAGAAUUAGACCUCUGAGCCCCAUCUUGAGUUCUUUAACGUGCCUGUGUACUGAUUGGCUGUCAUCGCUGAUGAUGCUGUCCUCCUGCACGCUGCGCUGCUUAGCCCCGCCCACCCCUGUCUGCCCACCCGCCUCAUGUUACAGCAUGUGGAACAUGUUAUAGUAUAUUAAAACAUGUUAUAGCAUGUAAAACAUGUUACAACAUCCAUCUUACUACCCACACGUUACAACAUGUACCUUAAACUUCAUAGCUGUUAACAUGUACCCUUCUGAUAUAAAUGUUACAAAAUAUACGUUAUGACGGACAUGUUACGACACACUUUAUGCAAGUUAAAUAUCCAUGUUAGUGUGCAUCAUUAUAUCAUGUGAUGCUAGCUCCAACAUUAGCACUAUUAACAUUAGCACUUUUAACAUAAGCACUAGCGACAUUAGCACUAGCAACAUGAGCACUAGCCACAUUAGCAGCAGCAACAUUAGCGCUAGCCACAUUAGCAGCAGCAACAUUAGCGCUAGCCACAUUAGCAGCAGCAACAUGAGCACUAGCCACAUUAGCAGCAGCAACAUUAGCGCUAGCUGAAGCCUUCAGUUCUUGGGUCCUGAGAUGCCAGCUCAGUGUUCUGGAGGCAUCAGAGGCCAGGGCCCUCUUGGUGAUGAAGGGUUUUGACUGGGGGAGAUGGGACCUCAACCGUGACAUCUUGGAGAUGCUGGUGCCAACAAUGUUCAAGUGUUUGUAAUGUUGCUGGGAAACCCAACUUUAUUAAAACCUACAAUCUGUGAUGCCCACGCCGCACCGACACACGCACUUAAUCAGCAAACACUUCCUGACAUUACUCAAGGAUAGGCUUGAGAAUUGUAUUUGAAGGAGAAUAACUUCAUCAUCUCUGCCAGUUUAACAUGAAUCACGACCACAAAACAAAGCUGUUGUUCUGAGAUGUGUCAUAAUCUUCCCUUGACUCCAGAUGCAGUCUAAUGUCAUGUUUGUUGAGUCAUGCGUGUGUUGGAGAAGGUGAGAUGAUCAAAACGUGCUCGUUCGAGCGGUGCAGUUCUAGUUCACACCACUAGAUGGAACCAAUGCAGCGACAGAUAAUCCUCCAUCUGUUAAACCAGAAGUUCAUUCUGGAUUUAUGUAUAAGAUAUCAAUUUACCAACCAUACAGUAUAAACAUAUACAUUACUGAGGAUUUAAGGGCGAACGAGAUAAUCAGACACUGUAGAACCUUAUUUGAAGUUUAUCUGACGAUAAAGAUGAAGUUGUUGAAGCUAGGUUCAAGAAACAGAAGUCAGAGGUCAUUAGAGAAAUUUAAAGAUUUCAAUGAAUCCAGGGAACAAUUUAAGAUUGUGGGUUUAAUUUAAAAUUAUUAUAAAUUAUUGUUAUUCUUUUAAUGGUAACGCCUUAGGGUUUUUUUUUCUUUGAAACUCUAUAGCACUUUGAGAUUUUCGAAUGUAAAGUGCUCUACAAAUAACCUGCAUUAUUAUUAUUAGCUAUUUUUUUCAAUUUUUAUGUUUGGAAUUAUAUUCAUAUUUUAAUGAUUUUAUGUAUAGAAAUUAUUUCUAUUUAUAGAUUUAUACGAUUUGUUACUACAUAUUAAUUAUUACAAAUAUUUCCACAGGGUUUAUAUGAAUGUUGCGGAAAAGUCCUAUAAUCAAUUCUUUAAAAUAAAAGAACAAUCACUUUUUUUUAUUGCAAAGCUAUUGUAGAAGUUGAAAUGUUUGAUAUGAUGUAAUCACCCUUGUGUUUGACUCAAAAUAAAAUGUAUUCCUCUAA